AUGUCAAAAAGUGUGAUCGUUGCCAACGGUACAAGCCGAUUCCCUAAUUUGCCUGCCGAAGUUUAUCAUCCGCAAAACAGUCCAUGGCCAUUCAUGCAAUGGGCCAUCGACUUAGUGGGUCCCUUGCCACCGGCGCCCGCCAAGAAAGAAAUGAUGAUCGUCGCCACCGACUACUUCACUAAAUGGAUCGAGGCUGAAGCUCUAUCCUCUACUAAAGAAGCCGAUGUGGAGCGAUUCAUCUGGAGAAACAUCAUAUGCCGAUUUGGCUGCCCACAAUCGCUGGUCACUGAUAAUGGCUCACAGUUCAUUGGCAAGCAUAUCACCGCCUUCUUUGCGAAAUACAAGAUCAAACAACACCUGUCAACUCCGAGGUAUCCACAAGGAAAUGGGCAGGCCGAGGCAUCCAACAAAGUCAUAUUGGACUGCUUGAAGAAGAGGCUAGAAGGCGCCGAAGGAAAAUGGGUGGAUGAACUCCCUGGAGUACUAUGGGCUUAUCGCACCACCAAGCGAAGGUCAACUGGUGAAACCCCAUUCUCCCUCGCCUAUGGGACGGAAGCAAUCAUCCCUCCUCACAUCACAGUCCCCUCUAUAAACCUCGAGGUGGGCAGUGUUGACCAGAACUCCAAGCAAAUGAGGCUCAACCUUGACCUACUUGAGGGCGAACGUGAGAAGACCAUUAUCCGAGUCGCCUCCUACCAGCAGCAGUUGAAGUCGUACUACGACAAAAGAGCUAAGGUCAGACAGUUUCAACCAGGCGACCUCGUGCUAAGAAAGGCUUUCAUCACCGCACCAAGACAAGGGUCGAAAAAGAUGAAUCCCAACUGGGAAGGCCCUUAUGUGAUCAGCCGGUCCGGGGGCAGAGGAAGCUACACAUUGGACACCAUGGAUGGGAAGCAAAUACCACGACAAUGGAAUGUUCACCAUCUCCGAAAUUUCUCAUUCCAAAAUGUCUUAUCUGCCUACAAAACACAAGCAGUUGCCCAUAAGCAGCGUCCUAAGGGAGACGCAGGGCGACGACCAAAGCGUCCUUCGGGAGACGCAGCCCGUAAAAAGCGUCCUAAGGGAGACGCAGGGUGCGCCAGGAAUUUCUUAAAAGGAGGUCUCCAUGCCUUCUGCGGGAAGUAUCCAGGUUCCUAUCCGUUUCCUAAGGGAGGCAGGAUAGACACGCAGUUGCCCAUAAGCAGCGUCCUAAGGGAGACGCAGGGCGACGACCAAAGCGUCCUUCGGGAGACGCAGCCCGUAAAAAGCGUCCUAAGGGAGACGCAGGGUGCGCCAGGAAUUUCUUAA